AUGGAUUUGGAUCUGUUCGAGAGAGAGACAACAAGCACCGAGACAGCGAGGAGACCAUCGAUGGACGUGGAGAGGAUGAUUGGAUCCACCACAGCAGUGGAGUACGGCAACUACGGCUACGUGAUUGGAAACACAGACGUGUUACAGGUGGCUGUGGUACUGAAAUGCGUAGCAGUGGCAGCAAUCCACUCUGAUCGAAUUCAAAAGAGAGUGGGCGUCUAUUUCAGGCAGAAUGACACCAAUUUGGGAGUAUUCAUCGUAGACCAGGAUGGAUCGUAUUUUGAUGAAGAGACGGCAGCUGACUUCACCAGGGCAGUGAAUGGGGCUGAAAUGGGGCUGGAGAGGCUGAGAGAGAUCAGCAGCUCAGUUCUGAUUGGAUACACGGAGCAUAGGAGGGUGAAGGAGAUCUACUACGCGGUGGAGGAGAUGAUCAGGCAGAUUGGAAGUGUGGGAUUCAGGUGCAAGUCACUCGUUGGAGUGGGGCUACCAGAACUAUUUUAUGAUGUAGCCAAUUCAGGGGAGAAUGAGACGUACGUUGAAUUCAUCAAAAGGAGCUUCUUGCGCCUGAGGGAGCUGACAGACACGUCCCUUCACGUGGCAGUUGAUACGGCUGGUGGAGCAAUGGUAGAGUGCAUUGAGGAGCUGAAUGAGAACCAGGAGAUGCGGGUGACUCACCUGAUGCCAACGGUGAAGAACAAGAAGCAGGGAGCAGAAUACGUCUACAACUUCAAGAAGAUUCCAAGGGUGCAAAGCAGCGGGUGUCUGACUGGGUCAUUUGAUGCAAUGGGAACUAGGCUCGUUUUCUACAAGGAAAAUAGCACCAAUUUGAGAAUAUACGAUGGAGACGUAUUGGGGAGCUACGUGAUCAACUACAUCGACAACUUGCUACGGGCAAUCAGCAAGGAGGUCGAUUUGAGCAUAUCUCGUGGGAUUGUGCUGAAUGAGCUGACUAGCACAGUUUGCAUGGACUACCUAACUAACAGGGGAAUUGAGUUUACGCUGACUGGGCUGGAAGUGAAGCACAUGCAGGAGAAGACCAAGAUCUACGACAUCAGCGUUCUGAGCAAUCCAGAGGGAUAUCUGACUGCCUCGUGCAGCAGCAAGGCGGUCGCCUUGCUGGAGAGAGCACGAGAGGCAGCCACAAGUGAGAAGGUCACGAGAAGCGUGGACAUUCUGCUUACGCUCUGCAGAAUGCUAGGAAGGAACUGCUCUGAUGGAUUGGCCACGUUGUACUGCUUCAAGGCCAUUCUGAAGUCGCAUUACGACCUGAAUUUGUACAAGAAGACCCAUACUCGAAUUCUGACUGUUAAGCUUAAACAGGGAAUAAGCUUAUCGUAUAACAAGGUUGUUUCACCGGUGUAUCUUCAGAAGCACAUCAACUACUACACCAGGAAGUGUAGGGGGCGAGUUGUGCUCAGGAAGAACGGAAGCAACCCAAAUGGAACUGAGCUGGUCAUAUUCACAGAGGCAAGCAGCGAGGAGCAGUGCGACAUUCUCUGCCUGAAAAUAGCAGACUUGUUUUACGAGAACUGUGGUGGAAUUGGGGAGUAUCCAGCAAUAUCGUACAGCAUCAUCUACGGAUUUGAGGAGUAG